CUUUUCCAUUGCAAUUAGAUCUUUUUUAUUCAUAUAAUCUAUUUUUUAUAAACCCAUGUUGGAUCUUAUCCCUAAUCUUCUAUUGGUGAUAUGGUGAUGUGUAUGUGUACUUUGUACUAUUAUAAUCGUGUAACAAAAAAAUUAAAAAAUUGGUCUUUAUACAACAAAACUCCAAAGUAUUGAUUUUAUAUUGUCUACUUUAGAAUAUAGCAUGUGCUGAAAAUACAACCACUAGCCGCCGGCCCAACAGUGUCGACCAAUAGCCGAACAGAAAAGUGGCGGCAGUUCAAGCUUACGGUGGUCUUGCUCGCACCAGAUACUUAUCUUAAUUUUUAGUAAAACCAGUCAAAGUACUCGACUAAUAACACAUAUGUAGAAAGAAAGACAAGUGCUUCAAGUAAAAUUAAUUUUUGAUCUUUAAUUACGAAAGCGAAGAGCUUUGGAUUUCUUUUUUCUCUCUCUCUCUCUAUCCAAACCAAACACCAUUUCUGAGGGUACUAUUUUCUCUCUCCUUCGAAUCGAAUUUCAGUUUCUCUUCAGCUUGAAGAAACUCAAAGUAGAAAUCAAAACCCCCCACUUUUUUUUCUGGGUCGAUCUUGUUGCGAUCGAAAACAUUUGGAGCUUUUAGCUGUGGAAAUUUGGGGGAAGAAGAAAUGCAGACGAGGUAUAUGGAGAGGACUAAUAGUAUGAGAGAAAAGAGAAAAUUGGAUGAAGAUAAUCAGCAGCAGCAGCAGCAGCCUGAGCGUAAAAGGCCUGCUCUUGCAAGUGUAAUUGUGGAGGCCCUUAAGAUGGAUAGUUUACAGAGGCUUUGCUCGUCUUUGGAACCGAUUCUUCGCCGAGUGGUAAGUGAAGAGGUGGAGAGGGCGUUGGCGAAACUAGGCCCUGCAAGACUUAGUGAAAGGUCGUCUCCUAAACGAAUCGAAGGAGUCGGUGGGAGGAACUUGCAGCUGCAAUUCAGGUCUAGAUUGUCUGUUCCUUUGUUCACCGGAGGGAAGAUAGAAGGGGAGCAAGGUGCUGCGAUCCAUGUUGUGCUUCUGGAUGUUACUACAGGACAUGUGUUGACAGUAGGACCUGAAGCUUCUGCGAAGCUCGACGUCGUUGUUCUCGACGGUGAUUUCAACAACGAAGACGAUGAAGGUUGGAGCGGAGAAGAGUUUGACGGUCAUCUGGUGAAAGAGCGUCAGGGAAAGAGACCUCUCUUGACCGGUGACUUACAGGUGACGCUUAAAGAAGGUGUGGGGACAUUAGGAGAACUUAUCUUCACAGACAACUCUAGUUGGAUAAGAUGCAGAAAGUUCAGGCUGGGUUUAAAGGUCUCUUCUGGUUACUGUGAGGGUAUGCGUGUACGCGAGGCAAAGACAGAAGCUUUUACCGUCAAGGACCAUCGUGGAGAGUUGUACAAGAAACAUUAUCCACCUGCUUUGGAUGAUGAGGUAUGGAGGCUGGAGAAGAUUGGGAAGGACGGGGCUUUUCAUAAGAAGCUGAACAAAGCAGGGAUCUACAAUGUUAAAGAGUUCCUGCGUCUUAUGGUCAAAGACUCUCAGAAGCUACGGACUAUUCUUGGAAGUGGAAUGUCGAACAGGAUGUGGGAGACACUUGCAGAGCAUUCCAAGACAUGUGUCUUGAGUGAAAUGCUUUACGUCUACUAUCCAGAGGACUCUGUUGGUGUUGUAUUCAACAAUAUCUACGAGUUUAGUGGUUUAAUCUCAGGGAAGCAGUAUUAUCCCGCUGAUUCUCUCUCUGACAACCAAAAGGGUUAUGUCGAUGGAUUGGUGAGGAAAGCUUAUGAAAACUGGGAUCAAGUUGUUGAGUAUGACAGCAAGUCACUGAUGAACUUCGACCAAGUUAACAAAACGGCUGAAUUAGAUUACUCAAUGCCAGUUUCGGUUCCAAGCCAACCUUCCACGUCUUACUCUGACGUAACUGGUGAAGCAUCAGUUUACAACCAGAGCACGGGUUCAAGCUUCCCGGCUCAGUCUCAGCUUGCUGAUACUAGCUCUUACAUGCACUAUGGGAACACUUCAUUUGCACCGCAAGAACAGCUGAUUAACAACAAUCAUGAAUCACAAACCAUGAUCAGUAAUAGCCACGGUGGUUCAAGAUUAGCGCUUGGUCCACCAGCAGGAUCUCAGAGCCAACACUUGGUUCAGCCUCCCCAUCAGAUGAGUAACUCUUUCAAUGAUUGGUCAAACACAGGAAACAGAGGAGGUGAUGGGUUUUUAUCAGAGGAAGAGAUCAGGGCAAGAAGCAACGAGAUGCUCGAGAACGACGAUAUGCAGCAGCUGUUGAGACUCUUUAGCAUGAGCGGCGGUGAUCAGCAGACUCCGAUGAACAUGCCGGAAGAUGGGUUUGGGUUUCAUUCCUUUGGUCAGUCUUCAAUGGCUGAUUACGAAGAGGACCGUUCACAUUCAGGUAAGCCUGUUGUUGGAUGGCUAAAGAUCAAAGCAGCCAUGAGGUGGGGCUUCUUCAUCAGGAGGAAAGCUGCUCAGAGACGGGCACAGAUUGUUCAGCUCGAUGAUGACGAAUAGUUUCCAGGAGAAGGAAGGAAACAGAGUCUGAGAUGGUUUGGUAACAGUUUCCCAGAAGAAGAAGUCUUUUGUUUUGGUUUCUUCUUCUUGUGGAGCUUCAUUUGUAUAGUUAAAGCUUUCUUUCUUUUUUCUCUUCUUGCUUGUGCUUGUAAUGUAAUCUCUCUACUUUACCAGUUUUCAAGAAACUAAAAAAACAUGUUGUAAUUCUAUUGUGUAUUUUCUCUCGUGUUUGUUUUUUUUGGAGGAUUAAUAAUAAAAUGAUUUUUUAGAAAUAUUUUUCUUUUAA